UACACCUUGACACGUUCUGUGCGACGGCAUGGCAUCCCCUCAGGUCCUUGAAAUCAUCGGAAAGCCCACCUCGCUACCACCAAUUCCAGAUUCCGUUCUCGAUACCCAGAUGACAGUCGCGGAUUCCCUCAUGAAAGGCCGUUUCUCCUGUCGCUUCUACCUGGACAAGGAGGUCCCCAAAGAUGUUAUUGAAUCAAUCGUUGACACCGCUCGAUUCUCGCCAUCUGGAAAUAACAUGCAACCUUGGGAAAGAGUGUACUGCAUCACUGGUCAACGCUUGCUGGCAGUACAAGACGACAUGUUAGCAGCGUUCAUGGAGAAUGCCACAACUGGGGCGCAUAAAUCUGGAUAUAAUUAUUACCCUCUUUUGGAUAUUCUACCGGAGAGGCACGCUAAAAGACGCGAGGAUGCUGGUCAGGUCAUCGGGAAAGUUCUUGGUAUUGAAAGAACCGAUGUCGCAGAGAGGGCCAGAGUUGCUGGGCGUAACUAUCAGUUUUACGGAGCCCCGGUUGCCCUCGUCUUCACCAUUAGCUCAAAGCUGGAGAAAGGUUCUUGGAUUGAUUUGGGCUACUUCCUGCAAAGCGUUACCAUCGCAGCUCGAAGCCGUGGUCUUGAGACCUGCAGCCAGGAGAGCAUCUCUACGUAUCAUCAGGUUCUGAGGAAGCACGUCCCGAUUUCAGAUGACGAGAUCGUCGCAGUCGGGAUGUCCGUGGGAUAUCCCGACUUGGAUCUCAUUCAGCGCUUCCCCUUCAUCCAGGCUCGCAGGGAGGUCAGUGAUAUCCUUGAGUUCCAUGACUAGUGCUCCUUUAGCCACCAUUCUCGCCUACAUCGGCGAGCAUGGAUAGGUGGUGUUCAGUGGUUAAUUGGGUUAGAUUACUGUACGAUUGCCUAUCGACCUUCAAUAAUCACCCAUCCG